CGAGGGCAAUGCGGCGGCUGCCCACGCUGCUCCGGAGCCUCCAGCGCUGGGAGCCGGGCCGCCGGGGCUGCUCCAAUGGCGGCGGCGGCGGCGGGCAGAGGCGGCCCCAGAGCCUCCUGUUCGAGCACGUGCGCCUCGGCUACAGCUCCAGGCCCCAGCUGGACAUGGGCCCCUACUGCGCACGCGCGGAGGAGGCGGCGCGGGACGUGGACCGCCGGAAGGGCCCGUUGAGUUCGGACGACCUGCUGGAAGUUGUGUCCAUCUGGAAGCGGCUAGAGAAGGUCAAAGAGGAGAUCGAGAGGAUCAAAGACGAGAAGGUGACCGUGACCGACCAAGUGAAGUCCCAGCUGGAGAACCACGACAAGUCCGCCGUGCAGGAGGACCCCAGCCACCGGGCCCUGCUGAGCCGCGGCCGGGAGCUCCGGAAACAGCUCAAGAUCCUGAUCCGGGAGAGGGAGCGGCUGGAGGAGCUGUUCUACCCCCGCGCCCUCAAGCUCCCCAACAGCACGCACCCCGAUGUGCCUGUCGGGGAGGAGCCCCAGGCCCGCGUGGUGGAGGUGGUCGGCCAGAAGCCAGUGUUCUCCUUCCUCCCCCGGCGGCACCUGGACAUCGGGGAGCGGCUGGACAUCAUCCGGCAGAAGCGCCUGUCCCACGUGUCCGGCCACCGCUCCUACUACCUGCGCGGGGCCGGCGCCCUGCUCCAGCACGCCCUGGUCAGCUUCGCCCUCCGCAAGCUCGUCGGCAAGGGCUUCACCCCCAUGGUUGUGCCGGAUCUGCUGAGAGGAGCCGUCUUUGAAGGCUGCGGGAUGAACCCCCAGGCCAGCCCCCCACAGAUCUACAACCUCGACCCCACCUGCUUCCAGGACCUGAAUCUGGCGGGCACCGCGGAGGUGGGCCUCGCAGGGUAUUUCAUGGAUCAUGCAGUGGCGCUGAAGGAUCUGCCCGUUAGAAUGGUCUGCUCCAGCACGUGCUACCGGGCCGAGACGGACAAGUGCCAGGAGCCCCACGGCCUCUUCCGCGUCCAUCACUUCACCAAGGUGGAGAUGUUCGGGGUGACGGCGGCCGAGACGGGGCGGGAGAGUGCCGCCUUGCUGGACGAGUUCGUCUCCAUCCAGAAGGAGAUUUUCUCCGAGCUGGGACUGCACUUCAGGGUCAUGGACAUGCCGACGCGGGAGCUGGGCCCGCCGGCCCACCGCAAGUUCGACGUGGAGGCUUGGAUGGCUGGGAGGGGCGACUUCGGAGAGAUCUCCAGCGCCUCCAACUGCACCGACUUCCAGAGCCGCCGCCUUCACAUCAUGUACGAGGACGCCGCCGGCCGGCUGGCUCACGCGCACACCGUGAACGGGACGGCCUGUGCGGUGCCCCGCCUCCUCAUCGCCCUCCUGGAGAAUAACCAGCUGAAGGACGGCAGCGUGCUGGUACCCCCCGUCCUCCAGCCCUACGUUGGCACCGAGCGGCUGACGGCUCCCACGCACGCGCCCCUCAGAUACAUCGGCCCCAACCAGCCCCUUUGGGCCUGACUUUGUCUCGCCCGCCGCGGGGGCUUGAGAGCGAGAGAGAAAGCGUACGGCCGGAACGCAUCUAGGCCCAACUCUCCUGCGGCCUGGAAGGGGGGUGGCAAUAAGUAGGCUGGAGUUGGGGGCGUCCACCACCCCUAAACCGGCAUCCUCGGCCUUCCCCCUUCCUCCCUGAGGAGGGAAGAGGUGUUUUCCCACCUCCCAGGGAGAGGGGGGCUCACCGCGGGUCGCCCCGUCCUCCCCACCAAUAAACGAGAACCAGAGGG